AUGGAAUUUGACGAUUCGAUUAGUGAUCAUUCAUUAACUUUGUACGCAGCAUAUCAACCUUUUAUAACAUAUCAUUACAUAACAAAGACAUUUAAGGUUUCAAAUAGAACAGUUCCAGAAUUGGAACUGUUAAGUAUUUCUAAAACUUCAGAAAUCCAACUGAAUGACCAAGUUAAUUUAACUGUUAAAAUUAAAGAUGAACUUCUCGAUGAAUAUAUACGAAUAUUCUACAGUAUUGAUGGCUCAACAUUCGAAAUAGGUGGUGGCCAAUUAACAAAUGGUGAGGGAGAAUUCCAAUGCACAAUGGAAGUUUUUACAAAAUACCAAAGAAAAUAUAUAAUCUUUGCCAAAGAUAGCCAAGGAACUUCAUCAAAUACUGUUCAGAAAGAACUCAUCAUCGACAGUUUCCAAUAUGCAAAUGUUGAAGUAGUUGAAUGGAAAAAGUCUUAUCAACAAAACGAAGAAGCCAUAUUUAAGGGCAAAUUGAUAAAUCUCCCAAAGAAUCAAGUAAUUAAAAUUGAUAUUGGAGAUGAUUCAUAUGCUACUAGAACUAUUCAUUCAAUGGAAAUUACAACAGAUGAAAAUGGCAAUAGUUCAGUGUUCGAAUAUAAUUUUGGCAAAGUUUCAGGAAGUGGAACUUUAUCUUUUUAUCUUAAUUGCAGAAUUCAGAAUGUGGUAGUUAUAAAUGAAAAUUAUCGAACAAUUAUUGAUGAACCACCAAAUCUCACAAUUAUCACUCCACCAUUUGAUAAUUAUCCGCAAUAUGCAAUGAUUCAAAUUGAUUCAAUAAUUAAAUCAUCACGUGACGUAACUAUUAAAGCUUCGUUUGAUGGAGUUGAAUAUAAUUAUACUUAUCCAAUUCAAUUAUGGUCAUCUCCAAAUUAUAUAAUCUGUCUAGAAUAUGAAGGAAAUGAAGAAAAAAAUGUAACAUUGGAUCUAUAUGCUCAAAAUGAUUUAGGUACCAACUCACAAAGUUAUUCUUUUGUUUUCCAUUAUAAUCCAAACCAAAUUCCAAGCGCAAUUAUGUCAAGAGGAUGGUUCCCUUUUCAGAAUACUCGAGAGAGUAUUAGAUUUGGAGAAAUUGAUGAAAUAUUCAAUCCAACUGUUUUCUUUGUUCAUCCAGUACCAGGCAAAAAAUUGAAAUUUUAUUAUCAACUAAACAAUAAUGAAGCAGUUUUCGUGAAAGAGGUUAUUUCUGAAGAAUAUAACAUGAGUGAUGAAAACGCAGAACUGCAGACCGAAACAAUACAUAUCGAUGUCGAAUAUAUCACUCAAGCAUUACUUGCCAAAAUUUUCUUUAUAAGUGAAGAUGGAAUAAGGAGUAACAUCAUUAUGCGUAAUACUUUUAUUACUCGUAUGAACUACAUCAAAUGCGUAGCAGUUGGAGGAUGGGAUGAAAAACCUUUGGGAUUUGCUAAUGAUAUAUACAAUUUAUCAUGCAUGGCCUAUGAUUAUGGCGUUGGAGAGGAGGUGGAAAUCAUCUUUUCUUCACCUUAUACAGAAACAAUGAAUCACACCGUUACAAUAAAUGAGAAUUAUAGAAGUGAUGAAACAAUAUUUUCAUUCCUUGCACCAAACGUCAGUUCAUUCAGAAUCACAAUUAAAUCCGGGUAUUAUUUCUAUAGAGAAAUAAAUUGCAAAGUCAAUGUGCCAUUUACCAUAUAUCUAGAUAAUAUCUAUAGUGAUGUAUACAGAAUGGAUGAAUUUGAUUACUAUUAUUAUUUUCGAUUUGGUGCACCAACAGAUAUUGAUUACUACUGCACUUGUGAGUUUAGAGGAAUUGAAAAAAGUUUUUAUGGAAGAAACGAAUAUGGAAUUGAUUUCUAUUUCGAAACAGACCGGUACGAAAAUGUAUAUGGCGUUUAUCCAGUAAAUACCACAUGUACUGAUAGAAAUUCUGGUGUUAGUGCUAACUUUUAUAAAAAUAUACAUUUCAUUAGUUAUAAUAGUGGAUCUGAAAGCUCAUCAUAUUAUCCAUCAGGUGAUCCUACCUAUACAUCAAGUGAUUCUCACUAUCCAUCAAGUUCAUCAAGUUCAUCUCAUUAUCCAUCGAGUUCGUCAAGUUCAUCAUAUCAUCCAUCGAGUUCGUCAAGUUCAUCUCAUUAUCCAUCGAGUUCGUCAAGUUCAUCAUAUCAUCCAUCGAGUUCGUCAAGUUCAUCAUAUCAUCCAUUGAGUUCGUCAAGUUCAUCAUAUCAUCCAUCGAGUUCGUCAAGUUCAUCUCACUAUCCAUCGAGUUCGUCAAGUUCAUCUCAUUAUCCAUCGAAUUCGUCAAGUUCAUCAUAUCAUCCAUCGAGUUCGUCAAGUUCAUCAUAUCAUCCAGCAAACUCAUCGAGUUCAUCUCAUUAUCCAUCGAGUUCGUCAAGUUCAUCUCAUUAUCCAUCGAGUUCGUCAAGUUCAUCUCAUUAUCCAUCGACUUCGUCAAGUUCAUCUCAUUAUCCAUCGAGUUCGUCAAGUUCAUCAUAUUAUCCAGCAAACUCAUCGAGUUCAUCUCAUUAUCCAUCGAGUUCUUCAUCCUCAACAACAUUUACUGA